UGAAGGCCAAAGAGAGGCCUUCCUGGCAUCUGCAGCUGCUUCCUGCCGGGGUCCCGGCCAGACUUGGCUCCUCAGCCCCCUUUGCUCGCGCCGCUUGGUCGCACAUCAUCGCUUUAUGAACAGCUCCGGAGCCCAAGGAAUUGCUGCGUCAGCUUCCUCCAGGCUGGGUUUUGCAGUUCAGGAGGCACGGGAGAAUGGAGAACUACGAGAAAAUCCUCAAGAUCGGCCAAGGUGCAAGUGCAGAGGUUUUUCUCAUGAGGAGCACAUGGACAAAGCAACUGUUUGCUGUGAAGAAGGUCAAGAUUCACCCAAGUAAGAGACUGCAGAACAAGGAAGCUGUGUUGCAAGAGGUGGCCAUCUUGAGCACGCUCUGGCAUCCCCAUGUGGUGGCAUGCCAUGACCACUUCUUUGAUGCGGAGCAGGAUCAUGUCUUCAUCGUCCAAGAUUACUGUGACAAUGGCUCCCUGGACGAGCACAUCAAGAUGAAGACAGAGGGCUACUUCCCUGAGCCCACCAUCUUGGAGUGGUUUGUGCAGCUGGUUAUGGCUGUCCAGUACAUCCACUCCUUGAAGAUCCUGCAUCGAGACAUCAAGGCAUCAAACGUGUUCCUCACAAAGACAGGGAUGCUGAAACUGGGGGACUUUGGCAUCUCGAAGGUCAUGGAUAGCACCAUUGACUUGGCAAGCACCUUUGUGGGCACCCCUUAUUACUUGAGCCCUGAGCUCUGCGAGGAUGUGCCCUACAGCUCCAAGUCAGACAUUUGGGCAAUGGGCUGUGUUCUCUUUGAGCUGUGUGCUCUGAAGCCCCCUUUUCGUGGCCUCAGUUUGGGCAGCUUGUUUAACAAAAUCGUGAAAGAGGAUUAUGCUCCUGUUCCAGAGUGUUACUCGGAAGCUCUGCAUAGUUUGGUCCAAGUUAUCCUACAAAAGGAUCCAGAGGACAGGCCCAGUGCUGGUGCCAUCCUCAACAUCCAGUAUGUUCAGGACCACCUCAGACUCUUCCUUCUCCAUCAAGAAAUCCACGUCCUGAACAAGUCACGUCUGGAAGCAUCACAUGAUGGAGAUGGUCAUGGGCUCAGCCCACCUGGACUGCACCAGACAGGCCCACUGGGCUACGAAGGCGACACGGACCGAAUGGUAAUACCUAUCCCACGUUGUGCUUAUCAGCAGCACACUAAACACACGGACCCAGAUGAGGUCUCUAGCAUCCCUAGCAGUUCUGAUUACUCAGAAGACUUUGAAACCACCAGCACAUCCUCACUUAGCAGCAGUUCUGAUGAGGAUGCUACAGAGACCACAGAGACACCCUCUGAAACUGACUCUGAGGAUGAAUGGGGGCUGAGCAGUUAUCCUGAGGACUUUGAGGAAGACUCAGAAGCUGAGAAUCACCCCCAGUGUAAUCUGUAGAAGGCCAAGUCCUCCUUCCCUCUGGGCAAGCUGAAGGCGUGCACAGGUGAGGACAGCAGCUUUAAAACAAGGAAAACAGCUUGCCUUAAAAGGCCUUGCAACCUGCUACUGAGCACUGAUGGGCCUCUGCAUACCUGGAGACUUGUUACCUGCUCCAACUCUGGAAAGCACCUGAAGGAAGACCAGUUUGGACCCCCCCCCCUCCACACACACACAACAUGGGUAAUCUAUCAUGUGUCAGAAGCUGCAGCUGGUUACAAGGGGUAACACCGGUUGCUGCUGUGGCCAGAGUUGCACAGCCCACUGUUUCAGGAGCAAACCUCAUCCCCUCAAUGACUCUCAGGUAGAGAUAGGAUCACCUCACUCCCCCUCCAAAGACAUGACAGACACUGGACCCUAAACAGGAUGCCCCCCCCAAUGACAUCACAGAAGUAUUGAAAGCCUACUCUGAAAAGAUUGUGGUUUGUCAAGAUAUGUUGCCUAGAAUUUAGUGGUGUUGACCUCUUGGAAACCCCCCCCCCCAGUACCCACCCCAUGUCUCCCAUUUCUACAGUAUAUCAUUUACUCAAGGCGACUGUCGGGAGCAGCCAACAGUUACACUGCUGCAUUCCAACUGGUGAUUCCCAGCCAUCAACUUGAUUCCUCUGCCUAACUUGCAUACCUUUGGCACCUUAUAUGCCCCUAGAUCACUGCCUUUUUCUAAAGGAGUGAAGCCUCAAAGCGAAACUUUUUCACAUAAUCUGUCUCAGUCCUUUCAUUAAUAAAACAAAGAGGGACGCUUUAAUCGCUGGGUAACUGGUUGCAUCUGUGAAAGCCUCCCAGCAAUGAAGUUAAGGAUGAGGUGUAGGUAGAGAUAAAUAUCUGUUCAAAAUAUGCAGCUGUUCAGAGUUUUCUGACAACCACAGCAAAAGCACUUGCUAAGGGAAGUGAGAACCAGCAGGACCAUCUCUAAUGAGCCGGCUUGCUGGGGCUGCCCACACUGACCCCGCCUCCAGCCAUUCUCAAAUAGCAGCCCUCUCUUCUUUGGGGUUACAGGCUUCUAAGAAGACAGUCUUGGAUCCAGGUGACAACUGGACAAAGGUAAUGAUAGGCAGUGAGUUGAAGGAGUUAAGAUGUCAGACUAUGAUCUGAGAGACCCAGUUUAAAUCCCACACUGUGAGGAUGAAAUGGAGAAGGGGAGAACAAUGUAAACUGAUUUUGUGCUCCAGUGGGGAGAAAGGCAGGGGUACAAAAUAAACCACACCCACCACCUUGCCUUGAAGCACUAAGCCCAAGGGCAUUUGCCAGUGCUUAAGGAGCUUGCCUUCACUGCUAUAUUUGCCAAGCAAAAUGGUCUGUUAUACUACUGAUGGCCUAGUCUUAGCAUAACCAGGAACAUACAAUCAUCUGCAAAAUAUAAACUUGUAGGCACUAUCUUAGAUACAGCUGAUGACACUGACUUCUACAUUAUUUUCAGUAGCAUAAGAAGCUGCCUUUGAUUGGCCUUACCAUAGCAGUGAGGAUUCAGUUUUUCUAAGCAACCAAAACACCAUUCUUUUCUAACUGAAAAUCAAGCAAAAAAUCAAGCAGUUUACCAUUUGAGAGGGUUUCUGCCUCAAAUCAAGACCAGAGUGUCGUGGGAGAGAGAAUACAGAUCCCAAGCAAUG